AUGUUGUACAUAAAAGCAUUGGCCUGCUUCCUGCAAUACCAAACAGUGUUCUACCUGGCGCUAACAGUCCUAUUUAUUGGCAGCGUGAAUGGCGCAAACCAACUGCAUAUUGGUGGAAUCUUUCCCAUAGCAGGAAAGGGAGGUUGGCAGGGUGGACAAGCGUGCAUGCCAGCCGCAAAGCUUGCACUUCAGGAUGUGAAUGAAAAUCAGGACCUGUUACCAGGAUUUAAUCUUACUCUCCACAGUAAUGAUAGCGAGUGUGAACCGGGUCUUGGAGCAAGCGUUAUGUAUAAUUUAUUGUACAAUUCACCACAAAAGCUGAUGCUAUUAGCAGGAUGUAGUACAGUAUGUACGACGGUGGCAGAAGCUGCAAAAAUGUGGAAUUUAGUUGUGCUAUGCUACGGAGCUUCUAGUCCAGCUCUAUCCGAUCGCAGUCGUUUUCCCACUCUGUUCAGAACACAUCCGUCUGCCACCGUACAUAAUCCUACGAGGAUUAAGCUGAUGCAAAAGUUUGGCUGGUCAAGGGUUGCAAUCCUGCAACAGGCAGAGGAAGUUUUUAUAUCGACAGUAGAGGAUUUAGAAACAAGAUGUAAAGAUGCGGGCAUCGAAAUAGUGACAAGACAAUCAUUUCUAUCCGAUCCUACGGAUGCAGUGCGAAAUUUACGACGGCAGGACGCUCGCAUCAUAGUGGGACUGUUUUAUGUGGUGGCAGCACGCCGUGUACUAUGUGAGAUGUACAAACAGCAACUUUACGGAAGGGCUUAUGUGUGGUUCUUCAUCGGAUGGUACGAGGAUAAUUGGUACGAAGUGAACUUGAAGAACGAAAAUAUUUCAUGCACAAAAGAACAAAUGAAGAUGGCUGCUGAAGGCCACCUAACAACUGAGGCGCUAAUGUGGAAUCAGAACAAUCAGAAAACGAUAUCAGGGAUGUCAUCGGAGGAUUUUCGGAAACGAUUGAAUGCUGCCUUGAUGGACGAGGGAUACGAUAUUACUCACAACCGCUAUCCAGAAGGAUACCAAGAAGCUCCACUCGCCUACGAUGCAGUCUGGAGUGUGGCGUUAGCAUUUAAUAAGACGAUGCAGAGACUAACGGAACAAAACUCGGGCAAAAAUCUAAAAGACUUUACCUACACGGACAAGGAAAUAGCGAACGCUAUUUAUGCCGCCAUGAACUCGACCCAAUUUCUGGGUGUAUCGGGCGUAGUUGCUUUCAGCUCGCAGGGCGAUCGUAUCGCAUUAACUCAGAUUGAACAAAUGAUUGAUGGACAGUACUAUAAGUUGGGAUACUACGACACACAGGCCGAUAAUCUCACUUGGUUCAACAAGGAGAAGUGGGAUGGAGAGAAGGUCCCCCAAGAUCGUACGAUCGUGAGAAGAGUUUUGAGAACCGUUUCCUUGCCGCUGUUUAUCUGUAUGAGCACAAUAUCGAGUUUUGGCAUAUUAGUAGCAAUAACGCUCAUCAUAUUUAACAUUUGGCAUAGACAUCGAAGGGUUAUUCAGUCGUCACAUCCCGUUUGCAACACCAUCAUGCUUUUUGGAGUUAUCAUAUGUCUCGUGUCCGUGAUUUUGCUGGGUAUUGAUGGACAGUUCAUAACAGCCGACAACUAUCCAAAAGUAUGUCAGGCAAGGGCUUGGAUUCUUUCAACUGGUUUUACCUUAGCCUAUGGAGCCAUGUUUAGCAAAGUAUGGCGUGUGCAUCGCUUUACAACGAAAACUAAAACGGAUCCCAAGAAAAAAGUGGAACCCUGGAAGUUGUACACAAUGGUAUCUGGUCUUUUGACGAUUGACUUAGUAAUACUGCUCACGUGGCAAAUGCAGGAUCCGCUACAACGAAGACUUGAAACAUUUCCAUUAGAGGAUCCGAUAUCGUCUAACGAUGAUGUAAAAAUACGACCAGAAUUGGAGCACUGCGAAAGCCACAACAAUUCCGUUUGGUUAGGAGUAAUCUACGGCUUCAAGGGAUUGAUAUUAGUGUUUGGACUUUUCUUGGCGUACGAGACACGCUCCAUCAAAGUGAAGCAAAUCAACGACUCCCGCUACGUUGGAAUGAGUAUUUACAAUGUUGUCGUCCUAUGCCUCAUCACUGCUCCCGUUGCUAUGGUGAUAGCGUCGCAACAAGAUGCGUCCUUUGCGUUUGUUGCGCUGGCGGUCAUCUUUUGUUGUUUUCUAAGUAUGCUAUUAAUAUUCGUGCCGAAGGUAAUAGAGGUCCUUCGCCAUCCUAAGGAUAAAGUCGAAUCUAAGUUCAGCAACGAUACCGGAAUUUCUAAGGAGGACGAGGAACGCUAUCAAAAAUUGAUUUCUGAAAAUGAUGAUCUGCAAAAACUAAUCGCUCAAAAAGAGGAUAAAAUACGAUUGCUAAAACAACGACUCACGGAACGGGAAACGAAAACUACUGCUCAACCCUUUAAUGAACCCUUAAACGGUAACACUGUUGGUGGCGUGCAGUUCAAUCGAUCAUCUUCAACCGCUCUAGCUCAAAAGUAA